AUGCCAAUUUUACAACAAGAUCAAACUCUAUGGUGUGUUUCUGCAUGGAAUGAUAAUGGUAAAUUUGCUCUUAUUGAUAGAAAUGAUCCGAAGUUAUUGUACCGAACAGAUUUUUUUCCUGGUUUAGGCUGGAUGUUAACUCAAAAGUUAUGGACUGAGUUAGCAAUUAAAUGGCCUCAUAGCUAUUGGGAUGAUUGGAUGAGACAUCCUGACCAAAGAAAAGGUAGAUCAUGCAUUAGACCUGAACUUUCUAGAACAAAAACAUUUGGGAAAAUUGGAGUUAGUAAUGGACUAUUUUAUGAUAAACAUUUAAAAUAUAUUUACUUAAAUGAAGUACCAGUUGAUUUUACCAAACUAAAUUUAACUUAUUUACUAAGAGUAGAGUAUGAUAAGCAUUUUGUAGAAAAAGUAUAUGAAGUGCCCCUAGUUAAUUAUAAUGAACUUAAAAGUAAAGCAAUUAAUCAUAAUGGUCCUGUACGAAUUACUUACUAUACCAAAAAUAAUUUGAAGUCAUUAACUAAAUUAUUCGGUCUUAUGGAUGAUUUUAAAAGUGGUGUACCACGGACAGCAUACAAGGGCAUAAUUAGUUUUACAUAUGACAACAGAAGGGUUUAUUUAACACCCAAUAAAAAGUGGUCAGGAUAUGAUCCCAGCUGGCAAUAA